AUGGGUUUCAAGCAGCAGAUCCUCCUCACCCUUGCUACCGCGACCUGUGCCCUCGCUGUCUCCCCAGUUGGAAGCGGCUCCUGGACGUCGGUCGACCCUGAAUUCGAUGUACAGGAAUGUGCCGGAGGUACCGUUAGCGGCAGCACCUUCAAACUCCCCGAGUCCCCCAAUGGUAGCACAAGCGGCAGUGGUUGCUCAAAUGGCCACUUGCGAGCUGAGCGCCGGUACAAGAACGAUUAUUCGUCUGGUGUCCACCAGUUCGGCGGGCAGUUUAAAAUAACCUCAAUGGGUGGCAACAAGGUAGACCUUAAGCAGACCUUCAAUGGAGACGACGGGCCAUGGUUCAUGAUGGCUGUGAAGGACAGCGGCGAUCUCUACAAUGUGGAGGGUGGCGACACCAUUGCUAGCGGUGUGGCAACGGUUGGACAGACUGUGACUAUUAACACCGUCCAUGAUGCGGAUAGCUCGAGUUUCGAUGUAUACGUCAAUGGCAACAAGACGUACAGCACAUCUUCUGUGGGGGGUUCUUAUUACGACAAGUUUGGAGCGUAUACCACUGACAGUGGUUCUGGUCCUAUUACCGUUGAAUGGACUGAUAUUUCGUUCUGGACUCAGUAG